ACGCGAAAACUAAGCUUUUUUAAUAACAUCUAUAUCUUGUAUUUUGAUUUAGACGAAUGUUUGUCUUCAAAUCUCCAAUUUGAGCAUAUUAUAACGUUAAUUUUGCAAAACCUCAAGGUGAAAGUAGAUGUACAUCCGGUGGCGUCACCCAAUCUCAAAUGUCAAAACACCGCAGAGGUGAUUCCAAGCUGAAAACCAGCUGACUGCGAUGGGCCAAUGAGAGGCCAGUGAGCCGGUCACAUGGAGGUGAUGGCGCUGGAGCAGGUGGAGGCGCAGGUGGAGCGUCUGCUGGGCGGCCUCGGGUGCGAGGUGAUGAUGUGCGACGUCGGCCUGGAGCAGAGCAAGCCGGCGUCGCUCAGAAACAACGUCACGUACAUCGUGUGUGCCGUUGUCUUCAACGACUCGGAGGAGGUUCUGAUGGUCCAGGAGGCCAAGCAGGACUGUUACAAGAAAUGGUACCUGCCGGCGGGCAGGGUGGAGGUUGGCGAGAGCCUGCAGGAGGCCCUGCUGAGAGAGGUGAAGGAAGAGGCGGGCUUUGAGUGCCAGCCAAUCACAUUGCUGCUGAUCCAGGAGCAGGGACCUCAGUGGAUCCGCUUCAUCUUCCUGGCCAAGAUCACAGGAGGGAGCAUCAAGACUUUGUCGGCGGCGGAUCAAGACUCCCUCCAGGCUACCUGGUGGGACAGACGUGCCCCACUCCCUCUGAGGGGCCGGGACAUCCUGCGUCUCAUCGACUUUGGGCUCAAGUACCGCCACGACGCCUGGCAUCCCGUCACACUGCCGCUGGACAUGAGCUGCCGCCAUGUGGUCCAGAGGCUGGUGCUGAUCUUCAGCGCAGACGAUAACAUCUGGAUCCUGGUGGUCAAAGCCCCCAGGCCCCACCUCCCCAUAGCGGCAGCUCUGAAGACUCACGCCGUCACGUGGGCGGCCAACAUGGUGGCGCAGGACGCCAUGCCGUCGACAUACUACGAGCACAACGUCAACACGCUGGGAGUGUUCAGCCUGCAGCACGACGGUCGGCAACACGGAAAGACGGACGGCGUGUGCUUCAACACGCUCGUGGCCCUGCAGCCCGACCGCGUGGCGCGUGACGAGGACGGCGCCAAGAUGCCGCCGCCGCCCGCCCAGAUGCCGCCGCCCGUGGAGAACCCUCGCUACGUUUGGCACCGGGUCCUCAUGCCCGGCGUCAGAGAGAAACUGCUGGAAAAGAGCAAAAACACCAGCAUCCUGCCCAUACACAGCCUCUACUGAUGGCCGUUUUCUGACUGUUCUGGUCUCACCGGCACUGAGGUAACUCAGUCAGGUCAACGCAAGAGUUCAACAGAUCCUUUUGAAGCCAGAACUUGUUUUGGGAUGUUAUUGUGUGAAGCAGUCACACAAAAUGCAAACCCCAAUCACAUCGUGUAAAAUGCAAGCAAAAACAUAAUACUGCACAAUGAUUUACAAACCCUUUUCAUUCUAGUGAACCUCGUUGCGGUCCGGCACCCACAGACUGACACAUUUCCAUUUUUUUCCCUCUUUAUUUCACCCCUUUUACUCUUUGAAAAUGUAUUUUGAA